GUGAGGAUAUUUACCAGAGACAGAUUAUGUCUAUAACCUGCAUCACCAUCGGAUUGAGUGUGGUCGGGAUGCUCUGUGUGGUUCUGUACUUCAAAACAAAGAAACAAAGACAAAAACUGCGUGAUCAGGCUAAGGAGAUCCGUUUUGGGAAGAGUUACAGUCUGAAUACUCCAGAACUGUCCACUGCCAAUAAUCCCCAACAGAAUGUGUUACAGCUGGAAAAUUUCACAAAGUCCAACAGUUGCAUUGAUGGAAGAAGAUGCAAAGUUCUGGAAUCAAAGUUUUCAGGUGCGGGAUCCUCUCCAAGUAACACACCGUCAUUAAGCAACCCGACCGGAAAGCAGCAAAGGUAUUGUCCAUCCUCAUCCCUCAGUCCGAGACAACUGGGCAGAUUGUCAUCAAAGGUCAGUCCAGGACCAUCACCGCCAGUAGCACAGGGAUCAUCGAGUGCUGUUAUUGAACCCUCUGACUCGUCGUCUGUCAGUGCAAACAGCCAGAUACAGGCACAACUUGCUUCAUCCAAGGGUGAUUGCGCAGACAACAACCAAGGACCGACAGUCACUUGUUGGAAAUCUCCUGAGAAUUCCCUUAAUGUUAUACAGCCUGUACACUGCCAUCAAGCCAUCCAGCUCUGUGCUCUGCAGUUCAAGGAGAGCCAAGUGGUUCCUUAUUGCUGGGCAGCCUCACUGCCUGUAAACCCUUCGGUGGAAGAGAAGAGUUGUGUCCAGGUGCCAAAGGAGAGUCCGGAUCCUGACAGCCCUGAGCAUCAGCCUCACUGCUAUCCUGCUGAGCUGGUUCCUCUCAGUGGCCCCGGUUCCCCAGGCCAUCAGGCAGACAGCCAGCAAGUGGAGGCGUUGCUACAGACCACACAGCAGCAGAUCCAGAUCCUGGCGUUUGCCAGUCGCAAGGUGGAGGACUAUGAACUGAUCAACGAGUGCGAGGAACGAGCAGGUGAAAAUACAGCGUUCCUGCCAGUGGUUGCUGCUGAGGAGAUGCCGUUUCUGGUUAGAAAAGAAGAGUACAGAGACUGUGAUUUAGGAAAGUGACAUUCGGAUAUCUGUACUCUUAUUACAUUGUGAAACUGGAAAAAGGGGAUCACAAGGAAAAAAAGAGAAAAUAUUUAUAUGCAUUUAUUUAAAGCAUUUAAUUAGAAACCAAAUAGUCAGUUGCCCCCAUAGUGGUUUAUGGAAACUAUUUUGUAUUGUUUUAUCAAUAACUUUUCUUUUGUUCUGGUGAAGAUUCUAGUGUCUAUUAUUCCCAAUGGCUCUGUGUGUGGGUACUGUACUUCACCGAGUAUCUCCAGGAUUAAAGGGUCUCUCAGCCCCCUCUCUGCCACGUCAAAACCAAAAUGGACUUUAGGCCAUUGGCACUGCCAUUCUGAUUGGUCAGGCCUGGCGUAUGAGUUACAUGGGACAGAGAGAGUGAGAUUGUCAGGUUAGGAACAAAUUUGUGUCUUGCAGGAUGAUGCACACUCCAGCCAAUUACCUGGAACCCAGUGUUUAAUUAAUGUCUGGGUCUUGUUUAAUGGAAAGUUCUAGAACGGCCAUCCAUCAGUCCAGAUAAAAUCAGCUGAAUAAUCAACGCCAGUAUAACAGAGCUCUGCCCCUGCUGGGUAACCCCAGAAACCCCAGUAUAACAGAGCUCUCCCCUGCUGGGUAACCUCAGAAACCCCAGUACCACACAAUAUUCCCUGCUGUGUAACCCCAGAAUGCCCAGUAUGACUGUGCCAUACCCCAGUAUUUCUUGGCAAUCUGGCUCUAUCAGUAACUCUGUUCUAUCAGGGAACUGACCCUGGGGUCCCAUCAUCUGUCUGGCUCACCCCAUGAAGGGGCACCUGGUUCAAGCUGCAUGUUUAACUCGGAGUCAUUUAUACCCGGCCUUUAUCCCCUCACGAUCUGGGGCAGAUACUGCGACACUGGAGAUGGCGAUAGUAACUAUCUGACACACACACUCCCGUAAGUCAGGAGGGUUCGCUAUAGAAGGGGCUUCAUGAAUAGACUUAAUUCCACCUUGUUCCAGGUUUGAGACUCGAUCAGUGUAAACACUGCACUCCCAGAGCACCACCCCUACCCCACUCCCCACCCCUCCCCCCAACUUUCUCAUACCCCUCCCCAGCCAAGGCCAUUUCCCCUCCAUCUCCUUCUCCGAAAAUCCCUUUUAUCCCCGUCCCAUCCUCACCCACUCUCAAUUCCCCCAGACAGCAUUCCCCCUCCACCCCAUUUCCCCUCCCCCACCAUCUCCAUUCUCCUGUUCCCCUCCACUAUCCUCAAGACCCAGCUCCACACCUCCGCACUCACCCACUCCAUCACUUCACCUCCCCCCUCCCUCUGCUGCUGCGUCUCCCUGUCCACAUUCACCAGAGUAUUCGUUAUCACUGGGACUCUGAGCCUGCAAUCUCACAACCUUUGUUAAAAUGGCCUGAUUGGUUGAUGCAGGUGAUCAGGGCCCCAUUCAUCACAAAUUGUUGGAAUCACUGAUGUGUAUGGAUUAAAAAUAAUUGAAAAAUCUU